AUGCUGAGAGAUAUCGUCAAUCCAAAUGUCUGCGAUCCUGCAGAACAACAGGCCAUCUCCAACUUCGACAUUGUCCAGGCGCAGGCAGAGGCACAGGCUCAGGCUCAAGGUCAGGCUUUGGCUCUGGCUCAGGCUAGAUAUAAUGAGGCCAUUGAUCAAGAAAUCUAUGGGUCCGAUGAAUUCCGGAUGUACGGUUACAAGAUCAAGCGCUGCACCAGGAUGCGCAGCCACGACUGGAUGGAUUGUCCCUACGCGCACCGUGGCGAGAGGGCUCAAAGACGUGACCCUCGAAAGUAUCCCUACGUCGCCAUUAUCUGCCCCGCCUUCCGCGACGGAAUAUGCCCAAAAGGCAACAACUGCAAGCUCGCUCACGGCGUGUUCGAGUACUGGCUUCACCCCGCCAGGUACCGCACCCGCCCAUGCGAGGCAGGCAGGUUCUGCACACGUAAGGUGUGCUUCUUUGCUCACUCACUUGACCAGCUGAGGCCUGAGCCCAAAUUAAACUCUCCAAAUUCAGCAAGCAAAGGAAAGAUGCUGAUGAUGGACGCCACCACCGAACAUUACCGGCUGAUGAUGGCGGAGGGGUCUCCAUCGAGCAGCAGCGGAGAAACUUCCAGGCCAAUGCAGGCAAAUCAUGUUGUACCUUCAACACCAAAACUGGAAGGGCUCUCGACUUUGCUCGAGAGUUUAAGGACAUUGAAGCUGAGAGAAGAUGAGGCAAGGCGACUGAACAACAACAACAACAGCAUCUUUGGAGGUGGGGUUGGGGUGGCUGAUUCGGAUUUGCAAUAUCUGGACUGGAUUGCGGACCUGCUGAAAUAA